AUGCCCCCACAUUUGGACAGCAAUAGCUCUGCACACGUUAAAAGGCUAGGCAGGCUGUUUUGGCAGCAUUGCCAGCCCUGCAGUCACCCACCUCCCCUUGGGCCUCUGGAAAGACCAGAGACCCCACUGCCCCGCUCAGGCCUCUCUGGCCCCACAGCCUGGGCCUGUAGCUGGGAAGGGAGAAAGGGAGAGAAGCAAGCCCUCCUGCCUCUUCCCAGAGCUCGGGCCGCAGCGACAGACCCGACCACACCCGUCAUCUCUAGUGACAAUGGUCCAGGCGCCUGUCGCCACGGAGGACAGCAGGGUUUCCAGUGCCGAGCUGCGGGAGAGGUGGAUGGACUGGAGGACCCAGAGAGACAAGGCAGCUCGGAGAAGAGGGAGCAUGAGAAAACAUCAGGCCCUGUGGGUGCAGCCGGCACCGAUGGGGGGGUGGGGGGUGGUAGUGGUGCUGUCAGCUCGCACCGCCCCCGGUCAAGACGGGAACACACCACUGCCUUUUAUUUCCAUGAUUCACCUCACAUUCCCAGCAGUGUCCCCACCAGCUUUAGGGAGACUUGCAGCCCGGCUCUGCCUCUGGCCCCGUGGGGAACCCAGUUGUCAAACUUCAGGACGCAUUGGCCAGUAGCCGGGCUGGCCCCCAGCAUCCCCAUCCUACGGCGGGACCACCACAUCCAGAGGGCCAUCGGUCUCUCCCACAUGUCCUUCCCCACCGCCGACCUCACUCUGAAGAUGGAGUCUGCACGCAAGGCUUGGGAAAACUCACCCAGCUUGCCGGAGCAGAGCUCGCCAGGAGGCGCCGGCUCAGGCCUGCAGCCCCCAUCCUCCGGGGGGGCCUCCAGCGGGGUCAGCUAUAGCUCCUUUGGUGGCGUCUCCAGGCCCCCCAUGCCUGUGGCCUCAGUCGCACCUUCUGCAUCCCUUCCAGGCAGUCACCUGCCACCUCUCUACCUGGAUGGCCAUGUGUUUGCAAGUCAGCCCCGGCUGGUUGCUCAGACCAUACCUCAGCAGCAGAGUUACCAACAGGCUGCUGCUGCCCAGCAGAUCCCAAUUUCCCUUCACACAUCUCUGCAAGCUCAAGCCCAGCUGGGACUGCGGGGCGGGCUGCCCGUCUCCCAGUCUCAGGAGAUCUUCAGCUCCUUACAGCCCUUCAGGUCUCAGGUGUACAUGCACCCCAGCCUGUCACCGGCCAGCACCAUGAUCCUCUCCGGAGGCACAGCCUUGAAGGCCCCCUACUCGGCGUUCCCAGGCAUGCAGCCCCUGGAGAUGGUGAAGCCCCAGUCUGGCUCGCCCUACCAGCCCAUGAGUGGAAGCCAGGCCCUGGUCUAUGAGGACCCGCUCAGCCAGGCAGCUGGGCUCGGCGCCUCCCAGAUGUUGAACUCCCAGCUCCCGCAGCUGACGAUGCCCCUGCCUGGCUCCGGGCAGCAGCCCCUGCUCCUUCCACAGUCCAUCCAGCUGCCCCAGGCGCAGAGCCUCUCGGUGGGGGCCCCCCGCAGGAUCCUCGCCCCUGGGUCCCAGCCUUCGGUCCUCAACACCAGCAGAGAGUCCUCUCAGAUGGAGAUGAAGGGCUUCCACUUUGCCGACAGUAAACAGAAUGUUCCUUCAGGAGGCUCUGUGCCGUCGCCGCAGACCUACAGGCAAAGCAGCGAGUGGAUGAAAAGCCCGGCCACCCUCAGCCGCUUCCCCGCUGAAGCGAACCGGAGCGAUCAAGCCCCGGGCGGUCAAGCUGGAGGAGAGCAAGACCUGAGGGGCUGGGCCCGGCCUGCCGGGGAGGACUCUGCCCUUCGCCUCGCUGCUGCCCGUCGCGGGGGAGUCUCGCCGAGGGAUCCCCCAUCCACUCACCUGGCCCGGACUUCGAGGUCUCCCUUCUCUCCUCCAUUCCCGAAAGCUCCGUUAUCCAACCGGCUUGCACCCGUGGAUCUCUGGCAUUGACCUGCUUGCUUUAAUACGAAACGAACAAGCAAAUGACUCCAU